AUGUGCUGUCCCUUUUUGAUUGACGCUAAGCAAACCUUCCACUCUUUCGGGUCCCCCCCUGCCCCCUCAUCCUCAAUAUCUACUACUUCAGCCCUCUUCGAUCUGUGGACUUUUAUAACUUCAGCUACUACUUUUCAACAUGGUGCUUUAAUGGAAUUCGGUGUCUGCCCUCUGUUGUUCUCUCGUCGCCUGCUUUCCGUUUUUUAUUGGACGGAAAAGAGGUGGCUGACCACAUCAUCAGGAAAUAAAGCAAAAAAGUCGGUGAAGAUUCCAGAAUCCGAAGCCCCUAAAAAUGUUACCUGUGACUGGAUUGGUCCAGUGGACAAACAGUCCAACUUGCGUCCAGUUCAUUUUUACAUACCCCCUGAUGAGACGCAAGCAGAGAAAAACCUGAGGUUAAAGAGAAAAGCAUUACAAGAUUUUAACCAACAUUUUUGGUCAAGGCAGAAUAUCAUGUUUUAUAAGAAAAAAUCUGAGUUUAUACAAGCAGAACUUGAUAAACGAAGACUUCUUUCACCUGGGUUGAAAAAGCAAACACUUUCUCCUGAAGAGAUGGCAGUGUUUUAUAAGCAGUUCCUGCAGGAAAAUUACCAAAAUAAUCUUAAAUAUCAUAGAGAAUGGUAUAAGAGAAACGUCAUGCUGCUUUGGCCAGCAUUUAAAGUUGCUCUGGAAAGAUUUUUAAAAAGGCUACACACCUUACACAUGCGAAAACUCAAAUGA